CUUCACGAAAAAUACGGGAUUCGUCAAGUAAUAAGUGAGGUUAUACUUAACACCAAAACACGAGAAAAUCCAUGAAAAUUGUGUAAUUUUUCCCAGGCACAUAGUGAAAAUGUUAAAAACAGUGAGAGAUCUUACCAGACAUGUUCCUCAGCAGUUUAUAUUCACCAGCAGAAUACUAAAAGAUCUGCCCCCUGCGACGCUUUUGCACUGCCGGACACUGUAUGCUGAGAAUACUCUGGGCGUCGAUGGAUUCAGGAAUGUACAAGGAAAGAUUCAGUCACAGUUUUCCAACAUGACUGACAGAUUCCGUGGGAAAAUGGAGGAAUUUUCCAGCGAAUCUUCCAGCAAUAUGAUUUUCACUGAAGAUCUCAAGAAUAUGAUUCAUCUGGCCAAGAACACUCCCGAAGAUGUGGAUCUGGUGCGAAAGAUGCUGGUGAAGUUCAACAAGCAGAACAAGGAAGUGCGCUUUGGGAACUAUGUUUUUGGGCCGGUUCUGAUGAGGAUGUUUUAUUGCAUGGGGAAUGUUGAUGUGCCAUUGGAAUUGUACAGGAAUCCAGAUUUUCAGGGAUUCUUCGACCAGGUGGCGUCGUAUCAGAUUAUGUUUGACAUGCUGUACGAGAAAGGAAAGUACCAAGAUGUUCUGAAUCUGUUCAGUGAGUGCAAGAAUGAGAGUUUAAAGGAUCAGCGGCAUUUGGUGGUUCUGGUGAUGGCAGCUUGCUACAAAAUUAAUACUCCGGAUGCCCUGAAUUACGCUGUCGAACUGUGGAGUCGGCUGACGCGGGCAGGAAAGGAGCCCAUGAGGAGGGCCUCUACCCUUGCUGCUGGACUGGCUCUUAAGCAGAACAAUCCAGCUGUUGCUCUUGAGAUUGUCAGCAGUAUCCGGCAGCAUUCGUAUAUGACAGUGAGGAAUAUCAAGAUCCUAGCCAUGGCCAAGGUGAAUCGCUUCGAGGAGGCUCUUGUGAAUCUCAAGGGUCUGAUUGAGGUGGAAGUUACAGCAGCUGGGACGAAGCAGUCAAUUUGCCAGGAAGUUCUUGAUCAAAUCCUAGAGAUUAUUCGCCAGAACGACAACAAGGAGCUCUUAAGCGAUGCUCAGAGGGUUUAUAAAUUUCUCAAGGAUCAUGGACAUGUGACUGAAAAGAGCCUGGAUGACUUUUUGACAUCGGAAAUCACAGUAACCAAUGUGAAUGCUACGCGUCCGGAUAAAAGUAUUUUGGCAGGAAGCUUCCGGACAAAUCCACCUCGAAAGUCAGGAAUAAAUCCCAGAUUUGUUCGUCCAGGACUGGCUGAGCUCAACUGAUUCUCCGUGUUUAUACAUAAAAAAGAUUAAAAUAUAUAGUUCAUAUUUAGUCAAAAAGGA